AUGGCAGAAGCCAAAGUUGAAGAGACCGUAUGUGAAGAUAGGAUCAGUGUUUUACCCGAUGAUUUGCUCGUAAUGAUAUUGGAUCUUCUCCCGACAAAAGACGCAGUAGCCACCAUGUUUCUGUCGAAACGAUGGCUUUCUACCUGGACGAUGGUAACUACACUCGAGUAUAAAGACAUCGACUGUGAAAGCAAGAAAAGCGUUUGGUGGUUUCUUAACAAGUCAUUGCAACUCCACAAGGCACCUUUAAUAUACAGCUUGCAUAUGGAACUUGGUCCACAGUGCCCUACUACUGACGAUGUUGAUAUCGGAAAGUGGGUUGCAAAAGCUGUUGACUGCUUGGUGAUUAACCUAUAUAUCAAGCUCCUCUGGUCCGCUGGUCCAACCAGCUUGCACAAGAGCCUUUACUCUUGCGAAUAUCUGGCUGACCUGACUCUCUCCGACCAGAUUCUCGUGAAUGUUCCUUCUUCUUCCGCCUACCUCCCAUCCCUCACAGACCUCGAACUAAACCGUGUCGUGUAUAAAGACGAGGAUUCUCUCGUUAGCUUGUUAUCGAGCUGCCCUGUUCUAGAAGUCUUGUCAGUGACACGGAGAGAAGAUGACAAUGUCAAAAAGUUUACGGUCAAAGUGCCUACUUUAUGGGACUUGUGGUAUGCUAAUUAUUCCUCUGGCAGCAGCAGCAAUGAUGUAGUAGACCAUACCGAUAGGUCUUUGGUUGUAGAUGCUCCUGCAAUGACCAGCUGUCGAAUCACUGAUUAUUCAGGAGACUCUCACUCCAUCGAGGAUAUGCCCUGUCUCCGGGAUGCAAAUAUCUUCGUUAAGUCUUGUUAUCAGGAUGAAAAAUUUCUAACUUCUUUUUCUUCAGUCUCGUCUCUUUAUCUGUACUUGUCUGAUGCAAUGGUUAAGUGUUGUACUACCAUCAACUUCUCUCGACUCAUAAAGUUAAGCAUAUUUCCAUUUGGACGAGACUGGUUAACACCACUCCUACUUUUGCUUGAAAAUGCUCCAAAACUAAAAGAGCUUUUGGUAGAUGAUGUACGUAUAAUCACCAUCCUCCUUUAUAUCUAUAGGCCCAAGCAUAUCCCAUUUGCAUGGAACCAACCAAGUCCUGUUCCCGGAUGCUUGUCAUCACAGCUUGAGAUAUUCGAGUGGAGAGCUUAUGGGGAUAGAUUAGAAGAGGAAGAAUUCUUGACAUACAUUUUAGCCAACUCUAUGCGUUUAAAAACGGCAACAAUCUCUUUGAGGUUGGAUCUUGAAGACCAAGAGUUGAUCAUCGAGGAGUUACAAGAUCUUCCUAGGGUUUCACCAACAUCUCACCUUUUGUUCAAAUGAACAGUCUACACUACACACUAUACAGUUUGUUUGGAUUUAGCUGUUAGAUGUUGGUUUGAUUAAG